CUUAUCAUAAUCUUAUCUAAUCAAUAAAAUCAUGGAACUAUUUGCCAGGAAUGUUAUGCUGAGCUGUAAAAUAUUUAACUGUCUCUUUGUGAGUGCACUUUCUAUAAAAUAUUUCUAUAAACUGUUAAUUGGUCUAAAAGUGUGGGCACCAUGUUUACAGAUGGUUUACUACUACUUUAGUUGUUGGAAGUGACAUUUGAUUUGCAGAAGAGAAUUUUGCAGAGUUAGCUGUUAGUUGUUGUUGUUGAUUCAGAUGCUUUUGAGCUCGCAAAUGUUAAGGGUUUACAGGGCAAAUGUAGAAUAUUAGCCAGAAAAGUUCUUGCAACAUGCUGCAAUCCUCUAAUGUCUCAAUUGCUUCAGGUUUUCAGAGCUGUGCUGCUGCUGUACUUGCUUGCCUUUUUACAUGAUGUAGAUGGUUCUUCUGGGAGAAGAUUUAAAAAGGGAAAAGGAAAAUCCAAUGAUUUGGGCAGACGCCUAAAGAAAGAACAUAGGAUCAUCCUGGAUCCAACUCUAAACAUGUCAUCUUUUGCCUCCCCAUCUCCAAGCAGGUCUUUGUCACCAUGGACAUAUGAAAUUUCCUGUGAUGAUUCACGAAUCCCAAUGGCAAUUUCUGAGGCAAAAUGUGAAAAAAGAGGCUGUUUAAAUGAAAAUGGGGAGGAAGACUUAGGACUGGAGUCUAAACCUAUAUUCUACCAGAUCCACGUCUUGAGGAGAGAGAAGGGCACAAAGAAGCAGUACUCCCUUAAACUGGAAAGUAAAAUCAUCAGUGUGGGCUGUACAUGUGUUUUACCUGUUGUUGUGCGUCAGAUAUAGUCUUAUACUUCACUCCAUAAUUUUUUUUUUACUGUUAGAUUCUUGUAUUAAUCUGCCUUUACAUUAAUCUUCUGAAGCAUUACUUUGAUCAUCUUUGUAUUUAUUAUAAUAUUCCCUUGAUUAAACUGCAUUCAUGGUCCUUGCUUUAUCCAUGUUUCUUGAGAACAUCUUUAUCUGAAGCAGUUUACAAAUGCUGCUCACAAUAGUCCUCAA